CGAGUGAGACAAUAAUUUAGCCCAGUAGUAGUUCAGAAUGAGUGACUGGAAGAGACACACCGACACAUAUAGCCAGCGCAAAUUCGAUUAGAUACAUUUUCUCUGACCGGUCAUUGCGGUUUUGAAUAUCCCUCUUCAAUCAACUGCGAAGACUGGACCAGUUGACUUAUUUUUUCUCCUCUGUAAACUAAGAUUGGGCAUGACCAUGGGGGCCAGGCUGUGGGUGUAGCCACUGAGACAGCUGGGGGACAGCGAGAGAGGAGGAAAGGCAAGCCAGCACCAGCCAAGCACCCUGCACUCCUCCUGGGAAAGAUGGGGGAGACAGAGGAGGAGAAGGACCAGGCAGGGAAGCUGUUUGAGAACUUCAUCCAGGCUUCCACCUGUAAGGGCACCCUGCAGUCCUUCAACCUCCUGUGCAGGCUGCUGGAUCUAGACCCUCAGGACCAUGAGACGUUCUACUGUAGUCUGAAGACCAGGCUCACAUCCUGGAGGGCCAAAGCCCUCUGGACCAAGCUGGACAAGAGAACCUGCCACAAGGAGUACAAGAAGGGCCAAGCCUGUGUGGGAAUUAAGUGCCUUAUCAUCGGGGGAGGCCCAUGUGGCUUGCGGACGGCAAUCGAGCUGGCUCUGCUGGGGGCCAAGGUGGUGGUGAUUGAGAAGAGGGACACCUUCUCCAGGAACAACGUGCUGCACCUGUGGCCCUACACCAUCCACGACCUCAAGGGCCUCGGGGCUAAGAAGUUCUAUGGCAAAUUCUGUGCUGGAGCCAUAGAUCACAUCAGUAUUCGUCAGCUCCAGCUCAUGCUGCUGAAGAUCGCCCUGCUCGCAGCUGUGGAGUUCCACGUCAAUGUGGAGUUUGUCAAGCUGCUGGAACCUCCAGAGAACCAGGAGAAUGACGGGCCUGGCUGGAGAGCUGAGAUCAGGCCUGCCGAUCACCCUGUGGCUAAUAUUGACUUUGACGUGGUGGUGGGGGCUGAUGGGAGGAGAAAUACCCUGGAAGGGUUCAAGAGGAAGGAGUUCCGUGGUAAGCUGGCUAUCGCCAUCACGGCCAACUUUGUCAACGGGAACACCACUGCCGAGGCCAAGGUGGAGGAGAUCAGCGGUGUGGCCUUCAUCUUUAACCAGAAGUUCUUCCUGGACCUCAAAGAGGAGACAGGUAUUGACCUGGAGAACAUUGUGUACUACAAGGACAACACACACUACUUUGUCAUGACAGCAAAGAAGCAGAGCCUACUGGACAAGGGGGUCAUCAUUCAUGACUACAUAGACACAGAGAUGCUGCUGAGCAGUACGAAUGUGAACCAGGAAGCUCUGCUGGGUUACGCCCGUGAAGCUGCUGACUUUGGCACCAACUACCAGCUUCCCACGCUAGACUUUGCCAUAAAUGCCUGUGGCCAGCCGGACGUGGCCAUGUUUGACUUCACCAGCAUGUAUGCUUCGGAGAACGCAGCGCUAGUCAGAGAAUGCUUCGGACACCAGCUACUGGUGGCACUGGUUGGGGACAGCUUGUUAGAGCCGUUCUGGCCCAUGGGUACAGGGUGUGCGAGAGGCUUCCUGGCUGCUUUUGACUCGGCCUGGAUGGUGAAAAGGUGGGCUGAGGGCAUGACCCCUCUGGAGGUGCUAGCUGAGAGGGAGAGUCUUUACAGAAUUCUGCCGCAGACAACCACUGAAAACAUUGCCAAAAACUUUGAGCAGUACACCAUUGACCCGGGGACUCGGUAUCCCAACCUCAUCUCCACCUGUGUCAGGCAAAACCAGGUGCGUCACCUGUACAUCAAUGGAGAGCUGCCAGUGAAGUCGUGCUCUCUGGAGCGUAAUGGUACAAUACGUCGCCCUGUGAACCUGGCCAGACGAGAGUCGGAGAUCAGGCCGGGCAGGCUGCUGACGUGGUGUCAGAAACAGACUGAGGGCUACAGGAACGUGAGCGUGACAGACCUGACCACCUCGUGGCAGAGCGGCCUGGCUCUCUGUGCCCUCAUCCACCGGUUCAGAUCCCACCUCAUAGAGUUUGAUUCGCUGAAUGAGGAGGAUUCGGCUAACAACCUCCAGCUGGCAUGUGACCUGGCUGAGCGGGAGUUUGGCAUCCGGCCCUUCGCCACCGGAAAGGAGAUGGCUGCUGGUCAGGAACCAGACAAGACUGGAAUGGUCACCUACCUCUCCAAGUUCUACGAGCUGUUCCGCGGCACCCCCCUGCCCGUCUCAGAUUCUAGAGGGGCCGACGAAAACAGUGAAGACUAUCCUUCCAAGGCAGACAGAAGUAUGAACAAAGUUCUGGUACCAAGAAAAAGGGUACCAAAGGAUGAGAAGAAGCUAGAAGAUACUGACCCAACGUACAAAAGGAGACGAAAAGUCUGCAGUUAUUUGGAAGAGGCAACCAACUUCUCCAGUCAGAGUGCGUCCUGUGUGGGUGAGGAGAGGGGGGUUAAGGAGAACAAGGUCCGCUCCAUGGCCAGCCAGCUCCUGUCCAAGUUUGAGGAGAGCAACCCCAGCUUCACCCUCCGGAGACAGAAGAAAGCUCAGACCCAGAAUGCUAGAGCGUUUCGCAAUAAAAGUAUCAAGGAGAAAGCUGUCCACCUGAGAGUACUGUUCUCUGAGGAUGUGGCCUCUACGUCCCAGGGUUCCUUGCGGAGGGAGUUCCCCGGGUCUGGUGACAAGUGUCACUCCUGUCAGAAGCGCGUGUAUGUGGUGGAGAGGAUCAGUGCUGAGGGACUUUAUUUCCACAGGGAAUGCUUUCGCUGUGACACCUGUGGCACCGCCCUACGCCAGGGAGGCCAUGCCUUCGACUCUGAGCAGGGCAAGUUGUACUGCAAGCUGCACUUCACACAACGUAAAAAUGGAAUGAACCAUCGGAGGACAUUCAAUUCACAUCUGGUUCAGAAUGGAGCCGGGGUUCAGGAGGGAUCAGAGACACAGUCUCCCAACGGUGACCCAACAGAAGGCCUGCAGGGCCAGUCACCAGGUACCUUCAGCUCCCGCCUGAGGAAGAGCCUGAGCUGGCCCCUGAGUGUGACCCGGGCUGUGUGUGACUCCCCCCGCCUCCUGUCUCGCUGGGUGCAUGGUACGGCCCAGGCUGUGGGCCUCCACUUUAGGGCCAAUGUGCAGGACUAUGUCUUCCUGUAUGAGCUGCUGAGCCUGGGAGUGCCCCUGCUGUUCAUGCUCCAGGAGGUGCUGCUGCAGAUGUACUCUGAAACCGGGCCUGUCUCCCAGUCCAUCCAGCCCCUACUGCUGUGGCUGGAGGAACACCUGGGCCACAGGCUCAUGUAGAGGCCCACCAGGAAGGGAAUCCUAAUCCCAACCCUAUACCUAACCCUCGUGCAAUAGGGUCUGAAGCUUGGCUGAACAUUAACUAGUGUAUCUUGCAUUUGUGCCAAGUCAUAUGACGGCAAGUUACCAUUUUACCAUGCACCUUGUUAAUAUUUUCUCACAGAAUAUGUAGCUGUCAGUGCAUUAGAUCUAGUCCUACACCAACCAAAGAACAAAUAACAUUUCCCACGCAGUAUCUUGAUUUGUGAUACGUGUGGUAGUUUUUCAUGAACAUUAUGUUUUUCUUUAUGAUGAGGGGUAAUGUGCUGCACAUGGUUUCAUGGUGGUCUAAAUCAUUUACGGUAUGUGGUUGAGGUUUUGCGCAGAAGAAGUAAUCUAAAUGAAAAGACUGACUUGAAGCACUUUAACUUGGGAAGCUGCCUUUACCUGUGGCUGAUGCCUGAUGAAUGGUGUGGGAGUUUAUGGCUGCCUAAUGGUUAUCCAGGGCUUGGAUAAUGACUAGUGCUGACGCUGCACGUUUACUAAACCCUGCUGAACUCACAGGUCGGGGUCGGGGGCCAACGUGGAUCUGUGCUUGACCAGAUUUUCUCGUCUUUUUUUCUUUUUCAAUAUUGUUUGACACAAGUUUACAUUUAAAAGUUAUUGUAAUAUCUCCUAUGACCCCAUGACCGUAGUGUACUUUCGCUACACAUUAUGAUAACUUGUAUUGCUUUAUUUUAUGGCCCAGUGCCUCCAGAGCUUUCAUGGCCACGGGCUUUGGUUUACGACUCCAGUUCAUGGACUGUUUAAUGCUUACUCAUUGCUGCCACCUGUUGGUAAAACAGAUACAAGGCCAAAUUAAAUUUACUGUAUGAUGAGGUGGAAUAUGGGACAAUCUUCUAAAGAGUCGAUGUAUGUUUGUAAUAGAAGUUUUUCUUCAUUUUUGUUAUUUUGUACAAGUCUAUUUCACUUAAAUAUGUUUUUCAUAAUGUUAUGAAUAUUGCUGAAAGGAAUUGUUCAGGAGGACAGAAUCUGGCAUGAUAACUCAGGCUAUGUUUGAAUGCUGUGGUGUGUAUGUGCUUUCCUGAACCAGAAGUUACAUAAUUCAUGCAGUACACUGUACAGUGCUACUGUGUGUUGUUGAGUAGCACAAUCUCAUGGUUUCUCAAUGCAUUUUCUUUGACUAUCUAACAAUGACAAAGAUUCAAUACAUUUUAACUGGAUUUGAUCCUUCCUCUGAUUUCUCUCUGUAUUUUAACCUAUAUUUCCUUCCUUUAAUUUCUUCUCAUGUUCGCUUGAAGUCUGUUUUCAACUUUCUGAUGAUGAGCCUCCUGAUUGGUUAGGAGACAUGCCAUUCUGAAGGUGAUCACCUGCAUGGUCACAUGGUUAUGUGAAUAAUGUUUAGGAGUGAAUGUCUGGUCAGAUUAGUCCAAGUUACUGUCAGCACUUCAACACACAAAUAAAAAAUGCUUCUAACCCCUGUGCUUGAGCUACAGACAGCAGUAUUUAAGCAUUGUAUUUUCCUGUUUCGUCUGCACCCAGCAAUACCAACCAUUUGCCGAUGUACUUAACGGAGGCUGAACUAGAGCAGUGUUUGUGAGACAAAGGCAGUUCCUGAAAACGGUUCUUCUCACAAAAAUGUCUAAUCUAAAAACUAUUAUUCUCCUACUAUCGAAAGGCUGAGCUUCACAAACACGCAAGUGUGCUCGCGUAGACGGCUUUCUGUCAUGUAGAGGCAUGCCACUCUUUCUCCCAUCUUUUGCCAUCUUUCUUUCUCUCUUCCAGAAGCUGUCACCCAGGAGAACUUUCUCUUGACCCACACAAACAAAGGGAAUUCAUAUCCCAACAGGGUCAUAACUGAUGUUGUCUUAAAUUAAUGCAUUGAAUAAUGAAUUAUGGGACUUCUAAUGCAGCCUGCUUUGCUCAUGGAGAUUCUGUGUUGCUUUAUGUAUGACCGAAAGCAACAAAUGUAAAUAAAUGAAUGGAGUUAUUUGUCAUCUUGA